CAAACAUACGAACAGUACAAACUAGAGCGACAAAACAUACAAACAUUACAAACGUAUGAACUGUACAAACAAUACAAACUAGACCGACAAACAAUACAAACCAUACAAAAAGUAAAAACACCCGGGUUGACUUUGGAGGCUCCAUCCCUAUAUAGAGGGGCUCCUUCCCAAAGUCAACCCGGGUGUUUUUUAGACAUACAAACAGUACGAACAUAGUGGACAAAAAUGACAAACUAUACCGACAAUCCAUACGAACUGAAAAAACACCCGGGUUGACUUUGGAGGCUCCAUCCCUAUAUAGAGGGGCUCCUUCCCAAAGUCAACCCGGGUGUUUUUUAUACAUAAAAAACAUUACAAACAUGGUUGACAAAAAUGAUAAACACGGUACACAAAAAUAACAAAGUUUACAAACAUUACAAAAAAAAAACCGGCAAACAUUACAAAAUAACAAAGCGUACAAACAUUACAAAAUAAAUCGACAAACAAGACAAAGCAUACUAACAGUACAAAAUCUCUCUCUCUCUUGGGGGGGGGGGGAUAAUUAUUGGAAUAAUGGCGCACUCUUGGGGAUAGUUCUUGAAAUAAUGGCGCUGGGGAACUCUCCUGCCCAGUAAUGCCCAGGGGAGCCACCGCCGAACAACCGGACGGAGACGGAGGCGGCGGGCGGGCUGUUAAAUAUUUUUUAUUCAUUUUAUAAUUAAAUAUAAAAAAUAAACAUGCAAUUACUACAUUGCCCUUCAUUAAAUUGGAUUAAUAGGAGCCCUUUGAUUUUAAUGAAGUUGAGUGGCUGAGAUUCACUUAGCCAUGUGACUAAGAAGACCCCCCUUAGUCACCUGAUCCCAGCCCCGUCUAGUACAUGUGCCAUAUGAAGUUUUUUAUUACUCCUGCAAACUUUUAUGUUUGCUAUUUUAAAUAAAGUAUGCUUUUACAAAGAAGUAAAGGGACUAGCCACAUAUUCCUAAGGACCAUAGCUCUUUACUUGGGCGGAUUUCAAUUCUUUGAUAGAGAUAUCAAAUCUUUCACUACACGAUCAACCAAUUGGUGUAAAAAAAUUUUACGUUAUUCAUAAUUUUGAUACAAUUAAUGUGUUAUAAGUUGCAUUCCUAUGUCGAACGGACAUUACACAACAUAUAUAGUAACAAUAGCAGUAGUUACAAAUAGGGCUGGCAGUUGUUCGAUUAUCGGAUAAACCGAGACACGACCACCCGCUACCGCCACCUGACCGUCGUCCAGCCUCAGUUAGCCGCAGACCGACCAGUCGGUUAUAGGUUUUGGCGCGGUUUAACCAGGCAGCUGAGGUGACUGCAGGAGGGCCUCGUGAUACAAGAAUUUUGGGGGGAAAAACGUGGUGGCGGUGAUGGGAGGAGGGUUGUUGACUGAUGUUGUUGCAAGUUUGGGCGAUGGAGGUGGAAGAAGCUCCCCGUCAACCGAAAGAUCUCUUGUCCCAAAGCAGCAACGAUAGUUGCCGGGCGGCGCGGUGGGUGGAGGGAAAGCGAGAUUGGAAGGAGGCGGAACAGGCGAUUGGAGAGAACGGAUUGGCGGUAAGGGAGGAGCUCAGGGGAGGGAGCCGGAGGAGGAGGUCGUCGCCGACGGGUUGGCCGAGAUGGCGAGAUGGGAGUGUGGAGGCGGCGGGGCGCAGCCGCGCAAGGGAAUCGUAGCAGCUGCUGUGCUUUGUGGGAGACAGAGUGGGGCGGCUGGGCGAUUGUGAGGGAGGAUUGGAGAUCAGGAACACGAAGGCGCUAGGGUUGGUGUGUAAAAUGGAUUGCAAAACGACGUCAUAUAGGGUCAGUCGGUUAGGGACGGUUAGCCGGUUAACCGACGUCGGUUCAUCAGCUAACCGUCGCACCAAUAAUCAAAUCCGACCACCGACCGCUGCGUGUUUUUUUGAUUUCCGGUUAGCCGCUAAGCGGCAACCGAAAUGACAGCCCUAAUUACACAUAUUAUUUUGUUUUUCGUUUUUAGAUGUCAAUGAUAGUUGACUAGUAUAAAUAACCUAUUAUAAUAGUACUAUAUCAUCACAAAAAUAAUAUAACUAAUUAAUUAAAAAGGAUUCCCCGCGCACGUGUGGCCUACUCCUCGUGCUAUGUGGCUCGCCACAGCGGCGGGUCCUUCAUUAUUAUUAUUAUUAUUAUUAUUAUUAUUAUUUGGUAUUUUGUCAUUAGCUGAUUGUGCAUUUAUUUUUAUUUUUUGCUUUUUUAUGUGGUAUUUAGGGGUUGUUUGGAGAACAGGAUUCAGGACAUGGAUUCACUGAAUCUGUAGAUUUUGUAGAAAGUUAUGUUUUUUUGUUGCUUUUUGUAUUGUGGUAACUAGCUUCUGAGAUUUCAAAUCUCUAAAAUCUGUGGAUAUCAAAUCUCUCAUAAUUAGAGGGAUUCUAUAUCUUGAUUCGUGAGAUUUUUUCUCUCCUAAUUUUUCUCUUUCUUUUAUUUAUUUAUCACAUGAAAUAUAUUUAUCAACAAAGUUUUUUAUAUUUCUCGAACCACUCUAAUUUUUUUAAUAAGGAUAAACAUGUUAUUGAAUAUAAAAUUAAUUUUUUUAUUUUACUUGAAUGUUAACAAUCACAGUUACCAAGCAAUAAACAUUUUAAAAUCUGUUUUUAACAAUCCGAAGAGUUAGAAUCUCUAGAUUGUUGAAAAUCUGUAGAUUUAAACUCAUAUUCUCCAAACGACCCCUUAGUCAUUAGUUUAUUGUGUAUGAUGUUUGUUUAAUUGUUUGAAAGAAGAUAUGGUAUGUUAUAUGUUUAAUUGGUAUUUUUUAUUGGUCCCGAAGUUAACGAAAAUAAAUUAACGAUUAAUUUUUCGAUUUUGUUUCAUCUCGGAGUUUAAAAAAAUGAUAUCAAAAUUUUUGUUUUCAACAGUAAUAACGAAUUAUAAAAUAAUUAAAUCAAAAUAUACAAAUUAGAAGCUAAAUAAGUAUGAUUUAUUGAAAUAAAUUGAAAAAGAGUGGUUGGAAGCUAAAUUUAGCUUUUUAUAGAGUUGGAGUGAAAAUGAGGUUUGGGGAACCAAGGAGCCAAAUUUGACUAUUUGGGAAGCCAAAUUUGGCUUUGUAGGUUGGAGUUAGUUUAAUCUAAAUGGGUAUGGAUAACUUAUUUGUAAAACUUAUUUGUAAAAUUGGACUUAUUUGUAAAACUUAAAAAAAUAGGUAUCAAAAUGCAUUACAUAAAAUUUAGGUACUAAAAUGUAACUUUCCAUCAAUAUUUUUAGGACUUACCUGCAAAAUAAUUUAGGUACUAAAUUUGUAGAGGAAUUAAGUUUACGUACCAAACUGUAAUUUGCAUUUAGGUAUGGGCAAAAAUCCAAAUAUAUGGAUUAAAAAUCUAACCCCAUCCAAAUAAAUUGAUGUAAACCAAGGAUUGAAAUACCGUACCGGAGGUUGUACCAGAAAAGUUAGCGAUAUAGUAUUUUAUGUUAAAACCGUGGUUCAACCGUUUUAUACCGCUAAAUACCACCUCUAGGGUUAGCCUCCAGUAGAUAGUUUUUCUGCUCGAAUCGUUGGUACGGUAUGGUGUUUCAAUCCUUGGUAUAAACACAUCAAAGCUUACCAAUUUACUAUCUAAUUGAAUUACAUAUCUAACCCAAUUAGAUUGGAUAGUAAAAUACUCAUUGUAUA